AUUGGAGAAAUAAAGGUUAAAGCAAUACAGGCUAUUGAUUUCAGGAGGAAAACACAGACAACAGACAAUGCUGACAUAAGCAUACCUGGUUUUUUGCACACGGCACGUUUGUUUUCAUAUACAACCACCCGUUUGUUUGUGUACUGUCAUGGACACGUGUUUGUAAAGAACUGAGCCUGCAAAUAUGGCAGCACCUGGUGGUUAUGGAGGACCUCCACCUCAGCAAUGGAAUGCCGGCAUGGGACCACCUCCGGCCGAUUUUCGACAAGGUCAAGGCCCACCAAGGGGUCCAAUGGCCCAAGGCCCACCUCAGAGAGGGCCCCCACCAAUGCAAGGGAUGCCACAGUUUCAAGGAUAUGGUCAAGUCGGUGGUUUCGGACAGAUGGCACCGAUGCCCCCACCGCCGCCACCACCUCCACCACAAGGAAAACCACCUCCAAUGGAAUUUACAGAUUUAGCCAACUUGGACGAAGCAGCAUGUAAAUCAGCUAUGAUUGAACAUGUCAACCAGAACUGUUGCUAUGGCAAGAAACCAGCCAAUGAAAUGAAUCUUUCCAAAGCCAUAGGACUAACUGCUUUACAUUAUACACUUGAGACAUUCUGUGAAGGAAGGGACACAGGGUAUGUCAAUGAACCAUAUAGAGGUGGACCUGUGGAUGGACCACAGAACGGUCCACCACCGCCACCAUGGGCAAUUCCAUGCCAACCAAACGGAAUGUUUGAAACCCACACAAAGGAAAUGGAAGUUCCACAUACAGCUACAGUCAGGCCUUGUCAUGAUUGUGAUGCCCGGGGAUACCAUCGAUGUUGGAGGUGUGGUGGAUGGGGUCAGACUCAUUGUGACAGUUGUGGAGGAGAUGGACGAGUGAUGCGAACUGACCAUGAGGGUAACCAGCGUAUGGAAGGGUGUCACAGAUGUGGAGGGGACGGCCGUUGUAGCUGUCACACAUGUGGUGGAGAUGGACGUAUUACAUGUGAUACUUGUGAUGGAUACAGACAAAUGAAGUGCUACAUUAAGUUAACAGUUACAUAUACCAAUCACAACGAAGACCACAUUAUAGAACGAACUGACAUGCCUGAUGAACUGGUUAGACACGCUAAGGGUGAAACCAUUUUUGAACAAGUAAUGACACAGGUUUUCCCAAUUACGUCAUACCCUGUGAGGGAGAUUAAUGAUAACUCUGUUCGAUUGGUCAAUUCUCAUAGAAGUGCAUUUCCAAAUGAAAGACAGCUUCAGCAGAGACAAAGAUUGCGUGCUGUGCCAGUAACUGAAGCUAACUACACCUGGGAAGACUUUAGUUCAAGAUUCUGGGUCUAUGGACUAGAAAGAAAGGUCCAUGCACCCGAUUACCCUCAACAAUGCUGUUGGGGAUGUUCUAUAUUGUAAAUGGUCAGAUAACAAAAGGAUUCCUGACGUUCUUUUUCUUUACUUGGGUAUUUUGAGUAAAUAUUUAUUGUCUACUUGGUAGAUCUGUCGAAACCAAUAUUAUCAUUUAGCAUUCAAUCAGGGAUCAAUCCAUGAAUAUAUAUAAAUACAAUCAAUUAGAAAAAAAAAUAUUAUGUCUGUCUGUUUAUGUAUUAUGAUUAUGCUAUUGGGUAAAAACGAAAUAUUAUUAUGUAUUGAAGAGCUAUUGUUUUUAAAUAAUCAUAUACACAAAAGUUGUGAUCGGUUUUAUCUGCCUUGAUCACUUUUAUUGAUUGAUUUUGUUUAUUUCAUUGUUAUAUGUUGUUUUUAUCGAAACGAGAAACGAGAAAUCUCAAGACGAUUUUUUACAUUAUAUAUCUAGGAUGUAUCUAGUAUAUAGUAACAAUAUUCAACUCGUCUAAACAUCAACCCAACAAUAUUCAUAUAUAUAUGAUAAUUAGAUAAUAUGCUGUCAAAAUAUGAAUUGGCAUUACCUUCUUAUCAGACAUAUCAACUUUUUAUAGAGAAUGCAUUUAUCUUUAUUCUUACCUUUUUUUUCACUAACAUUCUGUAAUAUGUUGAAUAUUUAUUUGUGGGUACUGAACAUACUGUUAACUAUAACAAUCCUGAAAUUAAGGUGAACUCUUUGCAACAUGUCAAAUUAUUAUAUUGUUUCCGGAUAAAUACUGAAACUAUUCCCUAAGUUUGUCAAGUCUGUAGUAUAAUCAUUAUUGAUAUGGUCUUGUAUUGAAUGUCACAUACAUAUUCUUUUAGUAGCUGUAGAAUAGUUUAGAUGACGUUUUGCAAUCUACAAAUAGAGAUUACUCUGUGUGCAAUAUGUAAUACAUAUUAUAUUUAAGAUAUAUUUUUAUAAUUGAAGUAGAGUUAUUAAAAUUGCAAACUACAAUUCACUGAAACAUAAUAAUGUUAUGAAUGAAACAUUAGCAUUAACUCAAAUUUACAUUUCUACAAAACCGCAAUGAUGUCUAUUUGAAAACAUGAAUGUAUGUAAAUUUAUUGUGAAUAGUUCCAGUAUUACAUGUUCAACAAUCAAUUUUAUUCUGUGAUAGUAUUGAUAUUUUGAUUUUAUCUUUUAUUAACCAUGAUUUUGUAAACUGUUAGUUAUUAUCUUGGAAAUACAAAUGUAUUUUUUUUCAAUAAAACUUUCAAUUCUG